UUCAGAAGAAAACCUGAUCACAUGGCAAGAUAACACAGCUAUCCCAAACAAGUGUGAGUGCCUGAAGGCUCUCUGCGGCUGCCAGGAGUACAUAUUUUUUUGAUUGCCUAGGAGGAGAAGCGCCACAGACAAUGGCUUGGGGAGUCCGGACAGCAGUCUACCUUUUAUUCAAUGCAAUGGCAGCCUUGGCUAAAGAGGCAGUCGUGACUGUAACGCCUCCAAUCACAGCCCAGCAAAGUAACUGGACAGUUAACAAAACAGCAGCUGACUUUAGGGAAGGACUUAUGGCCUUGAAGUUCUCCCACCCCUGCCUGGAAGACCAUGAUAGUUACUGCAUCAAUGGUGUUUGCCUAUUCCACCAUGAGUUAGAGAAAGUCAUCUGCAGGUGUUUCACUGGUUAUACUGGAGAAAGGUGUGAACACUUGACCUUAACUUCAUAUGCUGUGGAUUCUUAUGAAAAAUACAUUGCAAUUGGGAUUGGUGUUGGAUUGCUAUUAAGUGGUUUUCUUGCUAUUUUUUACUGCUAUAUAAGAAAAAGGUGUCUAAAACUGAAAUCACCUUACAUCUGUUAUGGAGGGAGACCACUGUGAGACUUCUGUAAGGAAUUGUCAUCAAGGCGUUCGUAAAAAUCAGUGGACCCCAAACUGAAAUCUUCAAAUGAAACAACAAAACUUGCCAAACUGACUAGACUUGAAAAUAAUGGAAGUUGGGAUCACAAUGAAAUGAGAGGAUAAAAUUCAACGUUGGUCUUUAAACUUUUC